UCGCCAUUAUGAGGUUCUUGAGUGUUUGGUUAAUUGGAACUUUGAUUGCUGUGGCAACUGGGCAGAACUCAACAGCUCCAGAAGCAACUACAUUGGAUCCCAUUACGGAACAAAAUAAUGAAAUAAAUGAAAAAUUGGAGCAGAUUUUGUUGACUCUAGGACAAGGACAUUCCAGUCAUAAUAACGAGUUUAACCAAUGGCUUCAGACAAUACGUGAUGUCAAGAAGUUGAGUCAAAAUAGGUUAACCGAAAAAGUUAGGGCACAUGCUCUUUUCACCGAUUUCAAUCGUCGUCGUUUGGAGCUGGAAGAGGAGAUUGAUGAGCGUUUGGAUGAGCUAGUAGAUGACUUAAUACCUAGUCUUCAACAGAAUAGUAAAUGUGCCAAAUUCUAUAGAAGACAAAGAGAUAUUUUAAGAAGAGCCGUAACGGCAACCAAUGCCAGGAAGACGGAGAAAAUCAGAGAGAAUUCAGUUAAAUGUCCACACAAGGAAGAAAACGAUGAUUCUAAUGAAGACGAUGAUCUAAUGUUUUCGGAUGCAGCUGAUUCUGGCUCUGUGGAGGUCUAAAUACGUGAAGGAGUCACCGUUUAGCCAAGUUUCAAACCUUGUACACUUAAUGUAUGAAUUUAAAUAAUUGCAAACAAAGAAAAAGAACUUUAUCUUUGUAAAAUAAAUGACAUAGCAAAAGGUU